UGAGUUGAGAUUGUAAGUAAAGCUACGUAAGUAGUUAUAUUGGUUCAAAGGAGGCUCAAGGAAAGAAAAUCAAGGAUGCCACGUUCAUUUCUGGUGAGGAGGAAGAGGGAAGCGGGCGGUGUAUGGACAUGGGGAGAUGAUGAAAACUCCUCCUGGAUCAAGCACAUCAGUGCAGCAGUUGCAGUAAAGGCACCUGGCAUUGUCAGUCUGCAGUCAGUGCCGGACAGCGUUCCUUCUGAGCCGAUAAACACAUCUAGCAGUGCUGACCUAGAGUCAGCAUAUGCGUCCAGCAGUACUGAAUCAAGAACAACGAGUCCUGAACACUGUCUCUCUCAGCAGCCCUCUCAGAGUCUCUUUCAGCCAAUUUCUCCCUCCGAUCCAGCUUCAACCACAAGAGCCAAGGUUUCUGCCCCCAGCUCUGGAGACUUCCAGUGUCCUGUUUGCCAUAAAAUUUUCCCACUCCAGCGCAUGUUGACGCGACACCUGAAGUGCCACAGCCUUAUCAAGAGGCACCCAUGCAGGUACUGCGGCAAAGGCUUCAACGACACCUUUGACCUGAAGAGGCACAUGCGCACACACACAGGUAUCCGGCCCUACAGGUGUGAGCUGUGUGAGAAGGCUUUCACACAGCGCUGCUCGCUGGAGUCUCACCUGCGCAAGAUCCAUGGUGUGAGGCAGCAGUACGCGUACCGGCAGCGCCGCUCCAAGAUCUUUGUGUGUGAGGACUGCGGCUUCACUUCCAGUCGGCCUGACGAGUACUUCAUGCACGUGCGUCAGAGGCAUCCGGACAGUCCAGCACUGCGAAGAUACUACCGUAAACACAUGCAGGAGACGCCCACUCAGCCCCGCAUCUCACCCUUCAUGCUCUACCCGACAACAGCGUUCUACAUGUGA